CAUGAAACGGGAGAUGGGGUUGGACAAAAGUAUCAUGGGGAAGAACAUUUUUUUAGUGCACACUGAAAAUUCACAUCCAGGACACCUUCUUGGUUGUUCUUAUCAGUUUAUACAGAGCCUCUAUGCCUGAGAGAAUGCUGAACAUGUACAUUACAACCUAUUUUCUACCCUAAGUGGAUGUUCUAACAUAAGAACUAAUGACAAGCCAUAUGGCACCUCUUUUGUUCACAGCACCUCCAUAGCCUAGUAAUUACAGCACAGCAAAUCACCAACCUCUUUCUUCCAAAAGAGGCAGUAUCUUGUACCUGACCCCACGACUGUGACUUUCAAAUACUGUACUGAAGAAGCCUCUUAGGCAAGUCCUGGCUUCGCUCAGAGUGCAGCCUUGUCUGUUUUAGACAUUUAUCAGCUCGGCAGCCGAGCAGACGCACACUGUCCUAGCGCUGCUGGCUAAGCCCACACAGCCUGGGAAAGGCGGAAAUAUUUGGCCUCGCAAAACUGCCUGCAAACCACUGACUUCCGUCAUGAGACUAUGGCUUUUACUUGCCGUGUCAUUUUUCUGCUGGCUAAGCUACAGUGUUGCCAAAGAUCAGAAUCGGAAUCGUCCUGUGGCUCAAGGAAAACGAAGGAGGGGGAAGAAAAUGGCCCAUCAAGGCAGGGUGCCAGUAAAUGGUGGAUAUAACGGAGCAUCAGUUUUCAUCAAGUCUUACAAAGGAGUAGAGGAACCAAAGCCGAACUACAAUGUUAUUCCAGGGAACACAGGGCAAUGUGUAUUUCAGGGCAUCACUAUGUUUGAUAAAACCGUAUGGUCGCCGAAGCCCUGUGUCACCUGCUUAUGCUCCAGUGGGAAUGUGGUGUGUGAUGAAAUGAAGUGUCCGGUUUUACAAUGCCAACUCAAAUUUAAACCUAUUGGACAGUGCUGCCCAAUCUGCAUUGACUCCACUCAUGAUGUCUCUGAAAACUCUGGCGAUUCCCCUGUUCCUAAUGAUCCAAGCUUCCCUAAUGCUGCGUUUCUGCCUGAUAAGAGCCAGAGAAAAGAGAAAUACAAGGAGGAAGAGGAGAGGCACUUGAGGAAAGAUGCUGAGCGUAAGAGGAGAAAGAAGCAAAAGAAGGAGACAGAAAAACUGAGGAAACAAAUGGAAGAGCAAGAGCGGGAGGAGGAAAUGAGGAAGUUGAGAGAGGAAGCAGUGAAGAGAGCAGCAGAAGAAGAAGAGAAGAGGAAGAGGAUGGAGGAACAACAGCGCGUGGAGGAAGAUAGGAGGAGGAGGAGGGAGAAGGAACAGAGGGAGAUGCUGAGGGCUCUUGAGGAGGCAGCAGAGCAAGCACAGGCUGAACUGAGGGCAGAGGAAGAGGAAGAUGAAGAGGAGGAGGAAGAGGAGACUGUGUUGUUAAGAGGGGACGUGUUCCAAAUGCCACCACAGUUGCCUACCCCUCCAGACUUUCCCCCACCGACAGCACCAGCCGAGCCCAGUCACGCUGGAGAGGGAGAUGAUGCAGACGAGGAAUCUGCACGGAUUAGCUACGCACUCCCUCAGGGAUGCACAAUCUCUGAUGUCAUUGUCUCCUGUGAAAAUGCCAAACUCACCAGUAUUCCUCCUCUUUCCAUCCCUGAGCUCAAGUCUCUCAAUCUACAGGGAAACGCAAUCACUACCAUUCCAGCGGAAGCAUUUAACGGUGUACUGAAUUUGGAGUGGAUAGAUUUUGGAAAAAAUAAGAUCUCAUCAUCUGGAAUUGAUCCACAAGCAUUUACCAAGCUUAAAUUUUUAACCCGGUUAUAUAUGGAUGGAAAUUUGCUUGAACACAUUCCCCCAAGGCUUCCACAUACGCUACAAGAAUUAAAGCUCAAUGAGAACAACCUCCAAGAGAUGGAUGAGGACAGCUUUGAAGGUCUGAGCAGUCUGGUUACUUUGGAAAUGGAAGGGAACUUACUGAGUGAAGCGAAUGUAAAUCCCAAAUUCUUCGCACCACUGAAACAGCUCACCUACCUACGGAUGGGCAGGAACCACUUCCGCACCAUCCCGCAAGGCCUGCCAGCGUCUCUGCAGGAGUUGCAUCUUGAAAACAAUUUAAUUGAGGAAUUACCUGAGGGAGCUUUUAAUCAAAGCAAAAGCCUCAACGUCAUUGUGUUAAGACACAAUAAAAUAGAUGAGACAAGGAUUGCACCCUUUGCCUGGAUCAAUCACAGGAAUCUGGAAUCAAUAGAUCUCUCGCACAACAACCUCCAUUUGGUCCCUUCAUUCCUGCCAAAGUCCUUGGUUCACCUGGUGCUGGUCGGCAAUCAGAUCGAACGCAUUCCAGGAUAUGUGUUUGCACACAUGGAACCUGGCCUUGAGUAUCUAUAUCUCUCCUACAACAAGCUGGAUGGAGAAGGGGUGGAACCAGAGUCUUUCUUUGGUACAUUUAACACAAUGACUGAGCUAUGUCUAGACCACAACCAACUGACCAGCAUUCCCAUUGGUGUCAACGAGAUGACGUCAUUACAUUUCCUCAGGCUUAACAACAACAACAUAAGGCACAUUGGAGAGGACAGUAUCUGCGACCCCUUGAAUGAUGAGGAUUCACACAUAGUAGCCUUGCGCCUUGAGAAUAAUCUGCUUGAUCCCCGGAAAAUUCCUCCAACUGCCUUCUCAUGUGUUAGGUCUUAUUCUAGUGUUGUUUUGAGGCCUCAAAGAAUUAAAUAAUCUGAUAACGAAAUCUUAAGCAUGUUAAUCUUUCUUAACACAAUUGGCCUUGCGCCCAAACAAAGCUGAGAGAGGCAAUGUAAUGUAAAUUUCUCCAAACUCUCCAUCCUGUUCCAAGUGUUUUGCAUGAAGGUCACUGUUCAAUAUGUUGACUGUUUUAUAAGACAAGGGCCUUUAUUCAUUAGCUAUGCGAAAUAAGGCAUGGUUACUUGCUGGUAUGUAGAGCAUGUCAGCAGAUGUCUGUGGUUAUGGGGACCUAUUUAGACUUUUAGUCUUUCUAUGAAUGCUAAAUGGAAACAUUUUACUUUCCAAUUAUUCAGUCAGGGAAAACGGCAGAUCUGAAGAUCCAAAACUAUGUAAGGAUAUGAUUCUGUUCACACCAGUAUUUCAUUAUUUCAGCAUUUCUCAUACAUUUCCAGAGAUCAUAAAGAAAAAUGUAUAGUUUUACAAUCAACCUACCAAGAAUGUGUUUUACAAUAAGUUUAUUUGUACAGCUGCACAUUACCAUGAAGAACAAACCAAAAGAUGAUUACUACUGAACUAAAAAGAUGUACUAGUGUCCUAAUAUUUUCACAGUAUUCAUAAGAGCUCUGGGGCAUGAGUACAUUCUUUCAGUUUCUGUGCAUAUAAACCACUCUCUACCAUUCAAGGUUACAUUUACCCCUUUGUCUGGAUAUGUAUUUAAUAAUGUAUUUAAUAAAGUAAAGCCUGAUUUUACCCGCUA